CACAUGGACAGAAGAACUUCCUGUUGACGUUCGUGCGUCCCGACAAUAGAUACUGACACUCCAGUCCGAGUUUCUUCAGUCGUUUAGACUGAAAACAGAAACUAAUUCGUGUGACAGCAUCAAACUCGGACGCCAGAUCACGCUCAUCCGCGAGGAGAAACUCCGCAUCCGCCGGAUUAAAAGUUCGAUCGCAGUCGGAGCGACUUUCCUAAGCGUUUCCAAAGAGGAAUGCCGUUCAGAUCUGUUGUCUUGGUGUUGUAGACGGUAAAUAAACCGUCUUUUUCUCGGUAUGGCGGAGGCGCGAGCUGAGGAGGAAGAGGAGCGAUUGCGCGAUCCCGGCGGCGCGAGACGGAGCUCAGAACAUUCAGACAGAAACAAACCCGAUCAACGCCACUCCAGCCAAGGGCCGCUUUCCUCCAUCAGAGCCGUCAUCAAGCGCACAUCAACGAGAACAAGCGCUCAGAGUGAACAUCAGCGAGACCGCAGCAGGCGUCCAGAAAUCACCAUCCUCUCUGCCGAACCGCUGGUGUCCAAUACGUGGUUCCCAGGGGCUUCUGGGGCGUUUCCUCCAGCUCCGCCCCCAGCUCCGCCCACAUGGGCUGCAGCCUCUGCAACAGUGCAGCUCCCGCCUCCAUCCUACGAGCAGGUGAUCAGAGAAAAGAGCCGUGAGCAGAAUCUUCACUCAUCUCCUUCGUCAUCUUCGUCUCCGUCUUCUCAUCACUCUACCUCCACCAUCGCCACGCAGACAGACACAGACUCCUCCGGCCGAAAAUCCUCUGCUGCUCGUCCAGCUCAUAAGCCCCCAAAACCUCCACGGCCCUCGCUGCCUCUCCUCUGCACACCUGAACUGGACCGGUUCGACCUGAAUGCCAGGGCUGAGCCUCGAGACACUUCGCACGAGCAGUGUGGCGUCCAGACGGACUUCGAUGAGAUCUUCGGUGACAUCUCUCCCAUAGACACCAUUCCAGCUGCCAUCACUCCUACCACUUCCACCACUUCCACCCAGAUCAACUUCGAUUCCCCAGGAGACCUGAUGAAAGAGGAGCCGAGCGUACGUCCCAGACCUCGGCCGCGCUCCAGAAUCGCCUUACGACCCAACGAGGAUGUUUCAGAACAGCCGAUGACAAGGGAGGUGAAGGUUCAGACUCUGGUGCGUCUGAAGGAUGACGCGGGCGAGAAUAUUUUCGCCGGGUUUGAUGACGCUCCGUCGAACAUCUCCAGCAAAUACCUGCAAGACCUGAUGGAGGUGUUUGGUUCGGAUGAAACGCAUGUCCAUCAUGGAGAAAGUCAACAAAGUGAUGCAAGCACUUUAGAAAAAGUGGAAAAUACAGGUGUUUGUGAUGCUCCAUGCGCCGUUAAAACACCUGAACCAGCAGAACCGUUAAAAAGACCACAACCGCGACCUAGAACUCUGAAAUCCAAACCCCAGCUUGCCCCAAAACCAUCUGUCUUUGAGGUUUUUGAUACUAUAGAACCUGCCAUUGAGCAAAACCCUGCUAAACCCCUGAAUCCACCAGUACCAGCACCCAGACCUCUUCUGAACAAACUCCAGAGCCCAUCAGAGUCCAAAUCUUCUCCAUCCACCAAACCUUCACCAGCCGCCCGUCCUGACAACGCUCCGUCUGGGCAGCAGAUGGCUGCAGUGGCCUUUAGUCCACCCGAGAGGAGGAACUCAGACGAUCAAGCAACAAACAUUCCAGUGAAGAUGCCACCAGCGAUGGUAACCAACAGGAACCAUGGAAAACGUCCAUCAGUCCCUAAACUCUCCCGUCCGCCUCCACCUGUGCUCAGAAAGACACUGUCCACCCCACAGGUCAUGGAGGAUGUUUCCAGAGCUGCUGACGCUUCCAUUCCUUCUCUCCCUCCGAGAUCCAGCAGCGGCAGACUUCUCCCACUCCGACCUCCUCCAGCCAAAGUGACCAAACCUCCAAGCUCCUCCUCCUCUUCCUCUCCUGCUGCGACCAAUCAGCUGCCAAGCACCAGGGUGCCAAAGAAAGGCCCGCCCCUUCCACCCCGACCCCAACCAGGACAUCCACUUUACAAACGUUAUUCUAGCAAAACCUCUCAAAGAGAUGCAGAGCUGGAAAAUAUCAACAAAGAGCAAGAGAAACCAUCUGAGGAAACAUCUUUGCAUGAAGAAGAGCACCUGAUUGUCCUGGAUGACACAGACGUUCCACAAACACCGUCGAACACACUCCACGACCUCUGCGUGUCAGGAGAGGUCAAAGGUCAAGAUGUGACCGUCAGUGAGCUUUUGGUUGAGGACGAGCCCUCUGAGCAGCAGAUCCAGCAAAACACACAAAACAGGUGCGUCGAAGCCCGUUUUGCAUUUGAGGGGGAGGAGGGGGAGCUGUCGUUUAGUGAAGGUGAUGUCAUCACUCUAACGGAAUAUGUAAAUGAGGAGUGGGGGCGUGGGAUCCUGAACGGACGGACCGGAAUCUUCCCUCUCAAUUUCAUCCAAGAUAUAGAGGAAACUGAAACGUCACCAAGGAAAUCUCCUGCGCCCCCUGCUGGUGUGAGGACUCGAGGACGAGCACUUUAUGAUUUCACUCCUGAGAGUGAGGAUGAGCUCUGUCUGAAGGCAGGAGACGUGGUGUGUGAUUUGGAGGACAUGGAUGCUGAGUGGUUCCUUGGAGAAUCCGGUGGGAAACGUGGCAUCGUCCCCAAAAACUACAUCCAAGUGCUGCUGGACCCCUGAACACACAGGCCGUCCUGUCAUGUGCCUGAUUAGCAUUUCUGCAUUUUGCCUUAAUUAGAUGUAAUACAGUUAAAUGAGGCUAGUGAGGGAUGCUUGAAGCGUGUGAAUCUCCUGUACUGUACUGACGUGUGUGUGUGUGUGUGUCUGUAUGUGGCCAGAUGAACUUGUUUACAGAGUUUUAACCCACAUUAAACUGAUCAGUUAUGUAAAC